AUGAGCGGAAAUAAGGAUAAACAAGUUUCAAGCGACGAUGCUAAUAAUGCACACGAAGAACUUGCGUCUCCAGUUAGUAGUGAUUGUGAAAUUGUGCAAAAAGGCCAAGCGAAUUUUGAAGCAAAUUUUGCUCUUCUUGAAACAGGGAAAGUAUUGACCGGUGGUGAUACAACAGAGCCCCUGUUGGGCGGUUUUGGUCUGUCUUUUGAACCAGAGAAUGGUUUUUCGGGUAGUGCAUGUAAUGUAAGGCCGGAUGAGAAAAGGUUAAGCUCUGGCAUACUUGGUGGUGAUCAGGCAGUGCAAGCUCCUUGGUCAACUAAUAAGGCUACAACGUUUUGUGAUUUGGACAAAAGUAUUUGGAAAAAAUAUGAUAUUUUAAAGGCAAGAAACCAAUGGGAGUAUAGUGAAUGGUGCAAGGCAAGAUUGUUGUUGGAUAAGGCAUUGUUGUCAGGGGAUAUAGAGUAUGUAUAUUUGGCAAGACAAGUAGUGCUUGAAAGGGUAUAUGUGGUUAGAGUGGCAAAUAAGGAUGGUUGGUCUGUUGUAUUUAAGAUAGCAUCUAGUGACAAUGAUCCAAUGUCAGAUUUAUUUGGUGAAAGACAGGAGAAGGCAAGAUUGGCUGCACAACACUUUUUGAGAUAUAAAAGACCAAAAGUGGCUCAGGAGUAUAGUUUUAGGAGAAGUGAACUGCAUGAUAAGGUGCAGAUGUAG